CGAGCAUCAACCCCCCCGUCGCGCUCCUGAAGUUACCUCAUCGUCCUCUCGUCGUGCAAUUAUUUGCCGGCUGAUUCCUUGAAGAGCUGUUCCUGUUGCCUCAUCCCAGCUUCCGUUUUGCUGUCGUAUCAUACAGCUUCCCCUCGUUCUGUCGCUCGAGCACUCCCGACCCGCGCACAUCACCAAGCUGUCGACCAGCCUCGCCUUGUGCUGCGCGGCAUCUUACAAAGCUCUGCGAUACUCCCCUCUCGGUGCGUGGCAUCGUCGCACCAGCAGCCGGUCUGUCCAACAAGCUCAAAGCGGUGGUCAUGCUGUGCUUCGCCAGAACUUGAAGCAUCUUCCACGCCACCACUCCCAUUAUUACGUGGGCGUGCCACAGGCACAAUGGACCCUUCCACGCAGGACAGCAGCUCCAGCGCCCCUUCUCCUACGGAUACGCGGCGUGCCCAACCCAGCCAGACUGAAAGCCAGCAGUCAACUGACACGGUGCGAAGACGGCCCGAUGCUAACUAUGGAUCCAUACAAACUUCCACAGCUGCCAGUAUCAGUGGCAGUCAGUACCUAGCUGAUCCAUACGAACGAUCCGGGUCCAGAGCUAGUGUUCAGCCUGCUCGCUCGCCCCUGCUUGGCCCUGAGCGCGGCAGGCAGCGGCCCAAGAAGCCAGCUAUGCUUCGAAGAACUUCGUCCCAUGCCCCUCACAAGGGUGAGAUCUUCUCGACCGAGGACGACCCUGAUGAGCUGCAGAACGACGCAGCCGGAACCAGGCAGACAUAUGCUGCAGCGCCAGCCUACAACACUGAUUCGGUCCGGCCAAAUGCGAGUAUACGCCGUCGUUCAGCGGCAGCUCCAACUCUUUCUCGCGUACAGUCGAGCCGCAGCGAUGGGCCCGAAGACGAUCGAAUCGAAGAGCAGUCCGAAGACGACGAUCCCAUGACUGCCUCGCAACGACUAGGCGAGUCCAUGGAAGACGAGCAAGCCUCUGAUGUUGAUCCGGCCGAGGACGAGGACGAAGACGGCGAUAUCAGCGACGCCGAGAGUUUUACUCUCAAGGACCGCCAACAGGCCAUCAACGAGACCCAUCCCUUCGGUAUCAGGAUUUGGAAGCCUGCGCUGUACAAGAAGGAUCGUUCUGUUCAAAAGACAGCGGAGGGUGAUAUUCAUUCAUCGCCGGGCGGUCACGUCAGCAAAUGGCUCUUGUUCUUCAACCUUAUCUGGACCCUGGCAUUUGGCUGGUGGAUGGCUCUCUUCGCAGCGGUCGGUGCUCUGGCGUGCUUCCUCUGCGGCGCUGCUCCUAGUGGGAGAGCGUACGGCCGUGUGUUGUGGGGUCUGUCGACAUAUCUCUUCUAUCCCUUUGGGAAAUACGUCCGUCUCGAGACAGACGAGGCGUAUCUCGACGAGGACCAAGGCGAAGGCCGCAGUAUCAGCGAAUAUGAGCAGUGGCAGAGUGGAGACCUCGAGUACGGCAGGCUCUUUUUUGGUCCCGAUGGGAACCGCUCCAUCAUCGGUCGUUCGCGCCGCAGCAUCGAUUCGGAGCCUAGCGAGACCGAGAGUCUGCUGGGACGGUCAUAUAGGAAUGAUUUCUCAGACAACGAGAUGACAUCUCGCAACAAGCGAAGGUUGUUUGGCAGAGGCCAGUGGAACAUUGGACGUGUGAUCUUCUUCGUCGUCUUUUAUGGGCUCCUCACACCGUCCUUGUUCAUCACCUCUGGCAUAUGCUGGUUGCUCGUCUUUUGGAUACCCAUGGGCAAGGUGACCUUACUGCUCUUCGAUCAUUUACGCAGGCAUCCUCUUGCGCUUUCCUUCGAGUCUGACAUCAGCCUCGCAAGAAAUUCAGACGGUGCUCAUUCUGCGAUCCUGGUCUGCACCUACCGUGCCACGGGUUGGAAGUACUGGAAGUACACGGUCGACGGUACCAACAUCUUUCUCAUCAACCUGAUGGCAGUGGUCAUGUUCGUCAUCUUUGACUGGCUCGUUCUCGAUGGGGUACUGCAUAUCGAGUCGUUCAUGACCUCUCCUGGUUUUCUCUUCAUUGCGGGAUUGCUCUCGAUCAUUCCACUUGCUUACUUCAUCGGCCAGGCCGUGGCAUCCAUCUCUGCACAAUCGUCGAUGGGUGUGGGUGCUACAGUCAACGCGUUCUUCGGAACUGUCGUCGAGGUCUUCCUGUAUUGUGUGGCCUUGAGACAAGGCAAGGGCCAGCUUGUCGAGGGCAGCAUCAUUGGAAGCAUCUUUGCCGGUGUGCUUUUCAUGCCAGGCCUCUCGAUGUGCUUUGGAGCGAUCAAGCGCAAGACCCAACGCUUCAAUUCCCGCUCUGCCGGUAUCACUUCGACCAUGUUGCUUUUCGCCGUAAUUGCAGCCUUUGGUCCAACCCUGUUCUACCAGAUCUAUGGCACACACGAGCUGCGCUGCGGCAGCUGCACCGACUACAUCGAUCCACCCUCAGGAUCCGAUGAACGAGAAUGCCGACGAUGCUACUAUUCACAAGUCCCGGCUCUCGAUGACCGCUUCUACAAUGAGGCCGUGCGGCCUUUCUGUUAUAUUGCUGCCGUGCUGCUGUUCUCGUCCUAUAUGAUUGGCUUGAUGUUCACACUCCGUACCCACGCCGCCAUCAUUUGGAACGCCGACAGCGACGAGAAGAGACAGGAGGAACCCAGCCACCCUGUUACGCGCAUUUCCGAAGCUCGCUCGGCUGCAGAUGCUACAGGCUCAGACAUUCGCGACACCAACCUUUUCAAGCGCAUCUAUGCCCAAACAUCCAAACAAGUUGGCCUAGCUGGCUCAGAGGAGCGUCGUCACUCGCGUCGUGCGUCCUUGUCGACACCUGUUGCGCCUAAUGGGCCAUUGACGACACCACACAUGGUUCCGCCGAAGGGUCAUGAGACGGACACCGACACUGUUCGUUCUCAUACACACUUUCCGGGCUUUACUGACGCAGAUACUGCUGUGGUACGAGGCGUGACAGAGCUGGCUGCCACUGCUGCCGCCAUUGCUGCACGUGAUGUCCGCACACCUCGUCGGACGGCCGCCCAUCACGGAGGUUCCGUUGUCAAGAAGCCUAGUCACCUCCAUGAUGGAGACGAUGGACACGACGGCCAAGGUGAAGCUGGCCAUGGGGGUCAUGAUGCACCAAAUUGGAGCCGGACCAAGAGUAGUGUCAUCUUGCUCGGUGCAACCAUUCUCUAUGCCGUUAUUGCAGAACUGUUGGUAGACACUGUCGACGUGGUGCUUGACAACUACCCGAUUGAUCCCAAGUUUCUGGGAAUCACUUUGUUUGCGCUUGUGCCGAACACGACGGAGUUUUUGAACGCCAUUUCUUUUGCUAUUCAUGGCAAUGUCGCCUUGUCGAUGGAGAUCGGCUCGGCCUACGCACUCCAAGUGUGCCUGCUGCAGAUCCCCGCCCUGGUCUUGUUCUCGGCCGUCUUCCCCAUCACGCCGACUGCGGAAGAUCCUGACCCUGCCCACUGGACAUUCAGCCUCUUGUUCCCCCAGUGGGAUCUGGUCACUGUGAUCCUUUGUGUAUCUCUGCUCAGCUACACGUUGAACGAGGGCAAGAGCAACUAUUUCAAGGGCAGCAUCCUGCUGUUGGCGUAUUUGGUGGUCAUUGUUGGCUUUUACUUUUCGAGCUUCACAGACGGCUCAAUGGACAUGGGCAUGUCUCGGUUUGACACGCUUGACGCAUCUGGGCAAUGGACAAGCUACAAGACGAUUGGACGCGGCACUGGUGGGCAGGCUUAUCAGGUCUAAUGAGAUCCUGUGAACUUGCAGCAGAAGAUGAUACACGUACAGAGAAAAGAGAGAGAGUGUGAUGGACAGGAGGCUGUUUUGACGGAUAAUUUUUUGUUGCCUUUGCAUGGACUAUGGCGCAUGGUGUGAUUGUUUGGCGGCCUUCUCAGCAUUGUUACAGCGAUAGAGUUAAAGCGCUUUGAUAGGGCAUUGGUGCAGGAACGACAUUGGUCUCAGCGAAUGUUCCAAUACCCAUCCUAAUACAAUACAUAUGAGCAUGACUGG